AUGGCGACUGCUAAAAUUCAUUUCAAACCAUAUUUCGAUGAGGUUCUCGCUGCUGAAGCUCUCGAGAAGGCUUUGAGAAACAAAGAGAAGCUGAAAGUUCUAGAAAUUCUUGUAUCUGUCAAUAACACUCAACGGCAAAUGAUUCGAACCCCGUAUAAAACUCGUUACGGAAAAGAUUUGGAAGAAGAAAUCAAGAAAGUCUUCUCUGGAGAUUUCGAAGAUUUUCUCGUUGCUCUUCUCCAAACUCCAACAAAAUUGGAUGUAACCGAAUUAAAUAGAGCUGUCAAAGGUUUGGGAACAAACGAAAAGAAUUUAAUCGAGAUUCUGACAACUAGAACAAAUGAAGAGAUUGAGGCGACAAAAAAUACCUACUUUACGACUUAUGGAAAGUCUCUUGAAGACGCAAUUUCUGCUGACACUUCUGGAGAUUUCCGACGUCUUCUUAUAAUUAUUCUCCAAGCAAAAAGGGAGGAAACUGGUUUUGCAAACACGUUUAAUGUGGGAAACCAUGCUGCUCAAAUACUGAAAAGUUUCGAUAAGAAAUCAGGAAUCGAAAAGUUUGACGCCUUCAAGAUCUUCGCAACAUCGAAUGGGGCACAUAUUCAAAAAGUUAUCGAAGAAGUAGAAAGACAAUCAGGAAAGGAUUUCCAGAAGAUUGUUGAUAAGGAAUUGAGUGGAGAUUUCAAGAAUUUGAUACUUUCACUUAUCGAAACAUCGAGCAACAAACCGAGAUUUUUGGCUAAUUCAAUUCAUUUGGCCACUAAAGGAAUCGGAACUCGAGACAAGGAUCUCAUCAGAAUUCUGGUUGCAAGAUCUGAGAACGAUUUAGUUCUAAUUGAGCAUGAAUUCCAAGUCCUUUUCGGAAAACCGUUGACUCAGCUAAUCAAAGAUGAGUGUAAAGCCGAAUACCGUGAUGGUCUGACGAUGCUUGUCAAGGGAAAUUCCCGGCCUUAA